AGUGGAAAAAGAAAAUAAAAAAAAGGAAAAAGAAAAGGAAGCGGCCAUGAGAAGGACCUAUGGAGGGUUUUGUAUCUGCUAUUUGAAUUCUCACCACUAUUCCCUAUUCUAAGUUCUUGAAAUAGAGAUCAAUCAAAUAGUAGACAUGAAAAUUAAUGGAAAUAUAGACUCUUAUUCACUUAUGUACAAAUUCAAACAUGGGUUUAAGUCCCAUUGGGUUACUGCUCAUGGUGUUCAAGUCUCAGUUGUUGCAACUCUACUUAGUAUUGCUGGUUUUAUAUUUGCAAUAAAAGAUGGUAAACUUAGAAACAUCAUGGUAUCACAGAAACAUAGUUCAAAAAACUAUUGGAUUAUACCUGGAUUGCAAAAUCUUGGAAAUAAUUGCUUCUUGAAUGUUGUUUUACAGGCGUUAGCUAGCUGUAAGAGCUUUAGCAAAUAUCUUGAGCAAGUUGUGGAGGAAUAUGAGGGUCCAUCAAAGGAAGGAAGUGAAGAUUUGCCAGUUGUUUCUACUUUGGCUUUGCUCAUAGAAGAAUUAAGUAUAGCGCGACAUGGACGAGCUGUUCUCAGUCCAAGGAGAUUGAUGCAUGCCAUGACUAGUCACAUUCCUAAUUUCAAUCUAACUAGCCAGCAGGAUGCAGAGGAAGCACUCUCCCAUCUUAUAUCUUCUUUAAGAGCCGAAUUGUCAGAAUCUUAUGUUCAUGAUCACAGUUCUUUGGCGGAUGUAACUACGCUUCCUAAUUGUAGGAUUGUUACACAAAGGAAGGCAGGAGAAAGUGAACAGGAGAGAUGGAAGCAAAGUUUUCUUGGGCCUUUCGAUGGGAUUCUUGGUAGCUUUUUAACCUGCCAAAGUUGUUCGUUUCAGAUCUCUCUGGAUUUUCAGUUGUUUCAUAGUUUGCAUCUUGUUCCAGUGUCAAGCAGCAGUGGGGCUAUUAUGCCUGGGUGUUCCGUGGAGCAUUGCCUGAAGCAGUUCUUUGUCGCAGAACAACUUGAAAACUAUAAGUGCAGCCACUGUUGGCAUAUUGCGGCCAUAAAGUUUGUCUCUGCAAUGGAUGAAAAUGAGGCUGUUGUUGAAAAACUUAAGCUGUGCAACGAGGAAGAUUCGUGUGAUUGCAAAGAGCUAGCUUGCCUUGCUCGAUUACCAUGGUCAAAUAGCUUCUCACGCACUUUCAAGCAACUCAGUAUUGGCCGGAGUCCUAAGGUUCUAUGUCUUCAUUUACAACGCGCUUCGAUAAAUGUAUUCGGGGAACAGGUCAAACUUCAGGGCCAUAUUUCAUUUCCGUUGAUUUUGGACUUGGCUCCCUUCGUGAAGAAUGGAGUGGGAACAAAGAGUCGGGAAGAGAAUCUGCAAAUCGGGCAAAUAAAGCAGCAGCAGCAGCCUUUCCCUUUGUUCAAUUACUUAAAUCUGAAUGAUAAUAAGGGCAUGUUAACUUGCAUUACCCGAAGUGAGAGAGAGUUUUUUGAAGUAGACGAUACGGCUGAUUUGUGUCUCUCAAAUAGUUUUGGUGUUAAAGCACCAAAGUCAAAAUCAAGUUUGCUCGAGACUGGAGGCUACAAGGAGACCAGCUUAAAUCAGCCGCCUCCACAUUCUGGCAAUCAGGGUGGAGCUUCCCCAAUACCACCUUUCAAAAGUCACAAGUACCGACUAGCCUCUGUGGUGCAGCACUUUGGAAUAGUUGGUAGUGGGCAUUACACUGUUUACAGACGAGUGACUGCCAAAAUUAGUGAAGACGAUCCUGCAGGACUACUGGGAUCAGCUGUUGAUCAGUGGUUUUGCAUCUCAGACACCGACGUGCACAGUGUUUCUGAGAAAGAUGUUCUUGAUGCUGAAGCAACCUUACUGUUCUAUGAGAAAGUUUCUGAUUGUUAAAUUUUUGUUGAGUUAUAGCUGUUUGUAGUAUAACUUGAAUAAUUUGUGGUAGCAACUCACAAGUCUUAAGUCUUUUGUUAUGGGCAUUUUGUGUUUUGCCUGGUGAAAUGUUUUGCUGGCUUUGGCAAACCAAUUGAAUUUAAUCAGAUUUCAGUUUACUUUA